AUGGAAGGAUCCAACCACUCUCUAGUGUCAGAAUUUGUAUUCCUGGGACUCACCAACUCUUGGCAUAUUCAGCUACUGCUCUUUUUGUUCUCCUCCAUGUUUUAUGUGGCAAGCAUUACAGGAAACUCCUUCAUCGUGUUGACAGUUACUUUUGACUGCCACUUACACUCUCCCAUGUACUUUCUCCUGGCCAACCUCUCCUUCAUUGACUUAGGUGUUUCUUCUGUUAGCUCCCCCAAGAUGAUUUAUGAUUUGUUCAGACAACACAAAGUCAUCUCCUUUAGAGGUUGCAUCACUCAAAUGUUCUGCAUGCAUGCAGUUAGUGGUGUGGAGAUGGUGCUGCUCAUAGCCAUGGCCUUUGACAGAUAUGUGGCCAUAUGUAAGCCUUUGCACUACCUGACCAUUAUGAGUCCAAGAAUGUGCCUCUUCUUUUUAGUGGCUGCCUGGGUGGUUGGCCUUACACAUUCUCUAGUUCAAAUAGCUUUCGUGGUGAACUUACCUUUCUGUGGACCAAAUGUUCUGGACAGCUUCUACUGUGACCUUCCUCGUUUUAUCAAACUUGCUUGCAUAGACACUUACCAACUGGAAUUCAUGGUCACAGCCAACAGUGGAUUCCUCUCUGUGGGAGUCUUCUUUUUACUGAUUAUUUCCUAUAUUGUCAUCAUAGUCAGUGUUCAGAAACACUCUUCAGGUGGUUCCUCUAAAGCUCUGUCCACACUUUCAGCUCAUAUCUCUGUGGUAGUCCUGUUCUUUGGUCCUUUGAUAUUCUUCUAUACAUGGCCUUCUCCUUCCACACAUUUGGAUAAAUUUCUGGCCAUAUUUGAUGCAGUUGUCACUCCUUUUCUGAAUCCUGUGAUCUAUACACUGAGGAAUCAAGAAAUGAAGGAAAUGGCAAUGAAGAGAGUGUGCAGACAGCUAGUGAGUUAUGGGAAGAGUUCUUGA